AUGGCCUUCGUUUCCACCUUUCGCCGAAUCUCCGCCGGAUCCAACAGCCUCUCGUAUUCGCCAUCCUCCUUGGUGCGCUACUGCUCAACUCUUACCUCUCCCAAGCUCUUCGUUAGCGGUCUCUCCAGACUCACAACAAAUGAAAAGCUUCAGGAUGCAUUUGCUCCUUUUGGGGAACUCGUGGAUGCGAGAGUGAUCACAGAUAGAGAGACAGGGAGAUCAAAGGGUUUCGGUUUUGUGACGUAUGCAACAUUAGAAGACGCAGAGAAGGCCAAAGAAGGAAUGAAUGCAAAGUUCUUGGACGGUUGGGUCAUAUUUGUGGAUCCUGCAAGACCUAGAGAACCAAGACGGCCUUUGGAGCAGGAAACUCAAUCUUCCUCUGGUUCCGGUUUCACAACAAACAAAACCAUUGGGUGGUGUAAAUGA